GUAUGUGUGUGUGUGUGUGUGUGUGUGAGUGUAUGCUGCUGUUAUAAUAGUUUGACCUUGAGUAGUACAUACUUGCUUGGAAAACACGUCUGAGCGGUGUUAUAUACUGAGUUUGCUUAUUGCAUUGACCAGAAGUCUAUUUUUAAAAUUAAAUCACUUGCAAACAAAGCUUCGAUAGUUUGGAACAGCAUAGCCCAUUAACAAAUUUUAGGCAAUGAACUAUUAGAAAAAAAACCUCAUGCUAUUUUGGAUGGUUAAGGGAUUCUUAAAACCUACCUGGAGCCUUUUUAAACGAUAACCCUUUGUCUUGGGGUUCUGUGUAUUUUUAGAUGGCUAAAAAUACGGUUUUUAGAUGGACAAACCAAAGAGAGACAAACUGAAAAAGCAUUUAGGGUUAUAGUUCAACAUUUUUUAAAUGGUGUACGUUUGAUGAAAACAAUGGGGCCUACGCCUGUUUUGUAGGUUGUUGUUAAAAUGUGGUUUCGGUUUUAUCACGGGUUACGCACUGUGAUUUUUGAUACAAUUUUCAUACUUUCGAUAAUAAAUUAAGAUUAUUCGUUUGACAAAAAUAAAGUUAUAUUAAUACUGAUGUGCUUAAGAUGCCACAUCUGAUGUCAGAUCGGCCCAAACAAACAUUUUGUUGCUAUUGUUUUUAUAUAUAUCUGGCAAUUUAUAGGUAAAAUCUUUUCUACAAUUCAAAUUACAAGAUUCUUAUGUAGGAAUAAAAUUGUAUAUCGCAAAACUGGUUUAACUUCGACCAUAGAUUUUUAGUAAUGCUCCUUAAAUAGAUUAGGCUAUCGAAUUCCAAUGCCCGUUGUACUGAACCGUCACUGAUGUGUGUUUACUUUUUGAAGCUCUUCCUUCUGUAAAGGUUUUAAUUAUUUGAAUUGACUUUUAACUAGAGAAAAGUACAAUCACGAUGUUAUGCUCAUCAUUUUUUUGUGAGGUUCUUGAAGAAAUUUAGGACUCUUCGUGAGUUCAUUUAAGAAAUAAUAACCCUUUGUUUUCGUGAAAGCAAACAUUCGUCAUUCGCUUUAGGAAGUAAUAUUUGUGAAGCAAGGCAAUGUAAACAAAAAAGGCAGGACAUUUGCUGACAUUUAGUAUACAAAGAUGUACUAUGUUAUAUUUCUAACGAACAUUGAAAACAUGGUAUUUUUUUCGCCCGUCGAGAGGAUUAUUGGAACCCAGCCACCGUAACCCCCCCCCCCCCCCCCAUCCCAUCCCACCCCAUUAACCUUUUUUUCAAAAUAUUUUUUAUUUUGAGCGGCACUUGCAUCACUGCAAUAGGAAUUACCUAUGUUUAUAUAUGGGAAUUAGAAGGGAUUUUAUAUGCACUGGGGAUUCCAUCCAGUGCAACAUGAGUCCCCCUCCCUUAAUGCUCUUAUAUUGGCUGAGAUGCUCAGGAUUGGUCAGACAGUGAUCAGCUGGUGCGUUUCCCUACUCGCUCACAUUGGCACCUCGCCACCCCCCUUCGGCUAAAACCAAACCUCACAUAAAGUAAUGGCAAAACACACUUGGACUAUAAAACACAACAAAUCAUAACACUCGCACAAUAACAUUGGCCACCCAAUGAGUUCCUACUUCGUCAACUCAACUUUUCCCGUGUCUCUUGGCGGGGGACAGGAUUCUUUUCUGAAUCAGUUACCGUUAUAUUCUUCUGGAUAUACCGAGACUUUGAGACAUUAUCCAAGCGCCACGUUCGGAGCGAGCAAUGUCCAGGAAAAAGUGUACUCCAAUUCGUACUACCAGCAAGCUAGCGGAGUGUUCGGGAGAAGCGGCUCAGGCGCUGCUUGCGAUUACGCUGCGUCCAGCAUAUACAGAGAGACGGAGCGCUCACCGUGUCCUCUCGGAGGCUUGGAGGAGACGCUGGCUCUCACACAGGGGCAUAGCAAGACGGAGGGCUCCGAGCACACUUCAGACACUUAUUCUUACAGCGAAAACAAGCCCUGUGCCCCUGUUUACCCGUGGAUGCAGAGGAUGAACUCGUGUAGCGGCAUUCCUGGCACCACUGGCCGCAGGGGUCGUCAGACAUACACUCGAUUUCAGACUCUUGAGUUGGAAAAAGAGUUCCAUUUUAAUAGAUAUUUGACGAGAAGGCGCAGGAUUGAAAUUUCGCAUGCUCUCUGUCUAACAGAGAGACAGAUAAAGAUCUGGUUCCAGAAUCGGAGAAUGAAGUGGAAGAAGGAGAAUAAAGUAAUGAACUCUGAAAAGACCAGCGAAGAGGAGGAUGGUGGAAAGACUGGAUAGACGAUUUCGAUAUGCACUGUGUUGUAAAUAAUAAACAGGUCCAAUAUUUUUACCCACAAUACGUAGGCUAUAGUAUUUUCAUGUAGAUGUACGAAUUUAUCCAACAAAACGAUUAUCUAUUUAAUGCUUUGUUAAAGUGCAAAAGCUAGAAACCCUCUCAGGGUUGUAAAACAUGCAUCUUUCUAAUUUCUGUAAUUUUCGCCCCAUUGUGUACUAUUUUCCGCCAUUAGACCAAUUUUAUUGCCUGGCAUAAAAUGAAUGGCUGAAUUUUCACUCUUGCUUCCACAACCUAGAACGGGUUUAUAGUGAAGGCUAAGGAUGACAGGUUUUACUGCGGCCAUGUUGGACAUUCGUGUAUUUAAACGUUCUCGUGUGUAAUUUAUUUUGUUUGUUACGUUUGUGUAUGUGGAUGCACUGAAAAAAUAGUGAACUUUGUUAGCAAUGCCAUUUUGUCAAUAAAACAUGCUUAACCACGACUGUU